UUUGGUGAACUUGACAUUGACAUUUCUUUGUGUCGAAUUGAUUAGGGAAUUAUUGGUUUUUAAAUAAACUGCUUACAAAAUAGAAAUCGACAGAUACAUUAAAAAAUCAUCAUGUCGGCAAAUACCGCCGAUACAGAGGAUCAGGUCGAAAUUUUGGAAAAUCUUCCAGAAGUCAUGGAAAAAUUAUCGGAUGAUUUAAAAGAGCUGUAUUCUUAUAGGGAUUUAUUUUUUGAAAAUCAUCCACUAGACAUGGCCGGUGGGAAGAAUAAAUGUGUAGAUGAGAAAAAAGAGAUUUUGGUCAAAAAAUUUGAGGCUAUUGAUGUGGAGACACAAAUACCAUUCUCGUUAAGGGCAGAAUUUCUAUACAUGAAAGGCAGAUGUUACAAUGUUAGUCCAACAUACGACCCACGGGCAACUCAGUGUUUGAGCAAGGCGAUAAAGUUGAAUCCUCACUUAGUAGCAGCUUGGAACGAACUCGGCGAAUGUUAUUUGAAAAAUCUUAAUGUGAAGGAAGCAAAGGCCAGUUUUGAAGGUGCACUCAAACAUGAACGUAAUCGGCUAUCAUUAAGAUGCCUUUCAAUAAUUCUUCGACAUGAAAUCGGAGAUAUGAAACGGAGCGAGUCAACACCAAUAAUAUUGAAAAGUGUCGAUUUAGCUAAGGAAGCAGUCGCUCAAGACAUCAAAGAUGGAAUAUCAUGGUCGGUGCUAGGAAACGCGUAUUUAUGUCAAUUUUUUAUGGUGGCCCAAGAUCCGUCUACAUUAAAACUUUGCAUGAGUGCCUACAAACAAGCUUGGAUGGAUCCCGUGGCGAAGGGCCAGCCGGAUCUUUUUUAUAAUAAGGGUGUCGCCUUGAAAUACGAGGAGUGUUACGAGGAGGCUCUCCAGAUGUUCGAACACGCUUGCCGCCUGGACCCUGCGUGGGCGCCGCCUCGAGCCGAGCUGGCCGCCCUCACCGCCUUCUUGUCCGCGGCCAGCGCGCUCGUACGUACGCGGGGCAAGCUCAAGGCCAAGCGCAUUGCCAACAUGGUGCAGUCGAUUGAUAAGAAAAUGAUGUUGGGUGAAUAUGGUUCAGGCACUUUUCACACUUUUGGUUCAAGGCGUGAUGUCAUCUUGGAGCACGUGAAGAUAGAUCAAUUGCAAGAGGGUCCAAAUGAGGGAAAAGUUGUACUUGGAAGAGUAGUAGGCUCCAUACAUAAUGAAAACGCAGUUCCUUUCACGUUCGCGAUAAUCGACGAAAGCAUGCAAUGCGUUUGCGUUACGGUUUACAACUGGGCGGACGGUCGGGGACCUCUCAUUGGUGAUGCGGUUGCAGUUCCUGAGCCAGUGCUGUCUUCGUGCUCCAUGAAGACUGAUGUGGCGCAAUUCGAAUUUAAAUCGAUACGAGUAAACAAUCCGUUGUUUUUAUUGGUGAACGGUAAGAGAGUGAGUCGCCAUCAGUUUGCCAGUACUCGCGUCACAAGUACCUAUGAGAUACACUGA